AUGAGUCAACAACCUCACGACAUGGGUUAUCUUGAUUACACAGCUCCCCCCAGCCGGUCACCGACGUCCUCCCGACAAAACUAUGGAGCUAGCUUUGCUUCAGGUCUGACCUUGCCUCGACAGUCUCAACGGCAGUUUGAGGUACCCCUUGGCUCCUCGGCUCUGUACCCCUCCGACAGAAUAAGCAGCGGAUACAACCCCAGAGUCAUGGACAACAUGCCUGGUCCUGGUGCAAUGCCCGGUGGCUACAUGUUGGAUAAUGGCCACCCCUGGAGCUACAAUACGGUUGGCGUUGCCACGGUCAAUGGGGCUGUGAACGGACCUAAUCGCCAACGAAGUGUGAACCGACGAGCAGCACUGCCUCAAAAUUGGACUGAUCAAGGCGCCAUGAACAUGCCCAAUAACGGCCUCGCGCCCUUUCCCGGUGGCCUCAACGGAAGCCAAUUGGCCAAUGGUGGCCUUCGUGUUGACCACGGCCAAUCUCACACAUCUCCAGAUCUUCGCUCAACCACAUCCGACGGGGAACAGCUCAUUCCCACCGCAAUCGUGAUAAAGAACAUUCCCUUUGCCGUUCGUAAGGAGACGCUGGCUUCCAUCAUGCUUGAAAUGAAUCUUCCCCAGCCAUAUGCAUUCAACUACCACUUUGACAACGGUGUGUUUCGCGGAUUAGCUUUUGCUAACUUCCAAUCGGCCGAGGACACGAGAGUGGUCAUCGAGGCCAUGAACGGCAUGGAUGUUCACGGGCGAAAGCUUCGGGUUGAAUACAAGAAGAUGUUGCCAGAGGCCGAGCGAGAGCGGAUUGAAAGGGAAAAGAGAGAAAGGCGCGGUCAACUCGAGGAGCAACAUCGUGCCCCUAUGCUACACCAACAGAGCUCUAUCCAGUCAUUGGGUGGCAUGUCGCAGACUCAACAGCGGGCGCCGUCAUCUCAUUUGGGAGAUGUCGAUUUGAACGAUCCUCAGUGCCUCGAGUUUUACACGGAGCUUGUGAUGUUCAAGCGAGACGAUAGUCGUGAGAUUAUGGUCUUCUCCCCUGAGAUUAGCCCCGAGCAUCGACGAUCCAUCCACAUCUUGGCGCACCACAUGGGAUUGGAGCACCAGUCAAUCGGUGAAGCUGACUCCCGCCAGAUUACGGUUUUGAAACGACAGCAGCCGUCUCCGACCGCCAAUAUACAGAAUGUUCCUGCCAAUAGCCUCGAUGUGCAUAAGCGUGGCCUGAGUCGCGCAGCCACAUUUGACUUUGCCGCAGAUAGGGAAUCUCGAGCUGCGAGCAACAAUUAUUCCCAUGUCAUGGGUCGUCAGGGGCCGACACUUGAGCUCCCUGGCAGCCCAGACGGCAGCGGAGUUCCCAACAAUCUGCGAGCAGCCAAAAGCUUUGCUGAUCUUCGUUCCUUCACGCCUAGCCCUUCCCAGGCUUCGUCAAGUUACCUUGCCCCUGGCGGUGGUAUGAGCACCAUGGCUCCCGCCUCAACUGCUCGAUUUGGCGAAUACCAGACCAGCCACACUGGCAAUCCAGGAACUCCUGGACCCAAGGGUGACGGGCUCAUCGCCGGAUUGAGUGGACUGUCGCUCAGCCCCUAUGAUUCGAACCCGUUGCAAUCACAGGGUCGAAAUGCGCCUGGGGCUAUCGGCAGUCAGAGACCUGGUGCCAACAACAAUCAUAACAAGGGUGCCCCCGAGAGACAGCCGCGUGGACCUGAGUGGGAAUCCACCGGCGGAUUUGGUGGGCGCGGUCGGUCCAACGGACACAUGCAAAGAGGUAGCGAUUCUUCGGACAGUGGUGCCCGUGUAGCCGCCAAUCCGAGCGGCGCCUCCAGGUAUCACUAA